UCAGGGUAAAUAAAUAGCAGUCGCCUGCACCCAGCAGGCAGGGACCAGUUCGUCCUCCACGGGAUUCAGCACCAUGAAGCUCCUUACAGGCCUCGUUUUCUGCUCCCUGGUCCUGGGAGGUGAGGGCUUCUUCUCCUUCCUGAGCGAGGCUUAUGAAGGGGCUAAAGACAUGUGGAGAGCCUACUCUGACAUGAGAGAAGCCAAUUACAUAGGUGCAGAUAAAUACUUCCAUGCCCGGGGGAACUAUGAAGCUGCCCAGAGGGGCCCUGGGGGCGAAUGGGCUGCCAAAGUGAUCAGGAUGAAGCUUUCCACCGUCAUCAUUUUCUGCUCCCUGGUGCUGGGUGUCAGCACCGAAGGGUGGGGAACGUUCCUCAGGGAAGCUGCUCAAGGGGCUGGAGACAUGUGGAGAGCCUACUCCGACAUGAGAGAAGCCAAUUACAUAGGUGCAGAUAAGUACUUCCACGCCCGGGGGAACUAUGACGCUGCCCAGAGGGGACCUGGAGGUGCCUGGUCUGCUAAAGUGAUCAGCAAUGCCAGAGAGCAGGCUCAGAGAGUCACAGACCUUUUCAAGCAUGGAAACAGUGGCCACGGAAAGGAGGACUCGAGGCAGGACCAGGAAGCCAACCGAUGGGGUCGGAGCGGCAAGGACCCCAAUCACUUCAGACCCAAGGGCCUGCCCAACAAGUACUGACUCCUUCUCUGUGCUCCCAGGACAGGGGCUGUGAGGCCCCUGAGGGCAGGGACACGGAGUGGUUGAAGUCUAUAUAUCCAUAUGCUGAUAGAGCACACCUAAUGCAUGUGUAGUAAACGCUUAAGAUACUGAAUGUUAAAAA